AUGGCAGGGGACCCUUCUGCUGUGGACGUCACCUGUAACAAGACCAGCUUCAGCUACUCAUCAUUGCUUGGAGUGCAGUGGGGCCUGCGGGGAGCUCCACAUUCCUCCCUCAGGCUGGCAGGAGGUGUAGGGGGCCCCAUGCAGCUCCACAGGUCCCAUGUCCCUCUGGGCCCUGCAGCAGAGGGCUCAGGCUUGUUGGGGCGGGCGGUCUGUGCACUGCUCCUGGCGACGCUGGGCUCCGUGGCCGGCCUGCCUCUUGGGGGAGAGCCCAGCUGCACUGCCCAGCACUUGGCCAGAUAUAGCAUCACCUUCACAGGAAAGUGGAGCCAGACAGCCUUCCCCAAGCAGUACCCCCUGUUCCGGCCCCCUGCACAGUGGUCUACCUUGCUGGGGGCCACACACAGCUCUGACUACAGCAUGUGGAAGAAGAACGAGUACGUCAGUAACGGUCUGCGGGACUUCGCUGAGCGAGGAGAGGCCUGGGCCUUGAUGGAGGAGAUCGAGGCUGCCGGCGAGAAGAUCCAGAGUGUACACGGGGUCUUCUCGGCCCCCGCCAUCCCCACAGGCACGGGGCAGACCUCUGCCGAGCUGGAGGUGCAUGCCAGGCACUCGCUGGUCUCCUUCGUGGUGCGCAUCGUGCCCAGCCCCGACUGGUUUGUGGGUGUCGACAGCCUGGACCUCUGUGAGGGUGAUCACUGGAAGGACCAGGUCUCCGUGGACCUGUUUCCCUAUGAUGCCGGCACAGACAGUGGCUUCACCUUCUCUUCCCCCAACUUUGCGACCAUCCCUCAGGACACAGUGACUGAGAUAACGUCCUCCUUCCCAAGUCACCCAGCAAACUCCUUCUAUUACCCGAGGCUGAAGUCCCUGCCCCCAAUGGCCAGAGUGAGCCUGGUGCGGCUGCGGCACAGCACCAGGGCCUUCGUCCCGCCCACCCCGGACCUGGUCAGCAGGGGCAACGAGAUCCUCAACAUCCUCUCAGCUCCAGAGACGCCGCUGGACUGCGAGGUGUCCCUGUGGUCGCCUUGGGGGCUGUGUGGAGGUCACUGUGGGACACUGGGAUCCAAAAGCCGAACUCGCUACAUCCGCGUGCAGCCCGCCAACGAUGGGAUCCCUUGCCCUGAGCUGGAAGAGAAGGCCGACUGCAUCCCUGACAACUGUGUCUAA